AUGCACCCAACUAAAUCAUUAAUCCACCGCGGCGUUUCAAAUCUAGAUCUAGUAACCAUCGACGUCAAACUCAAAAUCAAGGCCACGUUUGAAGAAAGGAAUGAAGAAGCACUAGGUUCAGGGAAGAAGACUAUUCCUCAGCUUGAAGAAAGGAAUGAAGAAGCACUAGGUUCAGGGAAGAAGACUAUUCCUCAGCGGGGACUACUCGAAUUGUUUUGA